AGAUUUAAAGGCUACAAAUGCUUAAAGUCGCAUUCGUCGACGGGCAGUGUAAUUGCUUGGAGGUCUUCAAAUUUGUAUUCCAAUGACAAAAUUAAAGCAGUAUUCGCUCUUGAAUGAGAAGACGCGCUACCAGCUGCUGGCCACUGUCAUAGUCAACAUUAUAACAUUUGGCCAUGGCGUGGGCGUCGGCUGGCUGUCGCCCACCUUGAGCAAGAUCCAAACACCCGACACGCCGCUCGACUUUCAAGUGGACAUCGCAGAGAUUUCCUGGCUGGGCUCCAUGCUGGGCUUGGGCAGUCUCUUCGGCAACUUGACAAUUGCCUUUCUGCUGGAACGAAUGGGCAGAAAGUUUUGCAUCUACCUACUGGCAGGACCUUAUGCGGUAAGUCGUGUCUGUCAAACCCGGGCGCUUCACUCGAACAACAUGCUCUUUCAGUGUCUCUGGAUUCUCAUCUACUGCGCCUCGAAUGUGUACUACUUGUAUGUGGCUCGCUUUCUGUGCGGCUUCACUGGGGGCGCUGGCUACUUGGUGGUGCCCAUCUAUAUCAGUGAGGUGGCUGACAGCAGCAUUCGGGGGUCCUUGACUUCUAUGGUCAUGCUGUCCGUCAACUUGGGCGUACUUGUUGGCUAUAUACUUAGCACCUACCUGGCUUACCACAUCGUGCCGUUCCUGGCCAUCAUCUUGCCCAUAGCUUACUUUACAGCCAAUCUCUUUCUGCCCGAGACGGCGCCAUAUCUACUGAGACGAAGUCAAUUGAAUGCAGCUGAAACUUCCUUUAGAUACUAUCAAAAUCAGAAAAGGGGCAUGGAGCAGGUCUCCAAGGCGAACUUCGACGAACUGCGAUUGGCCAUAGACGCGCAGCAGGCACAGAGUCAUGCUGCCCUAACAUAUAGGGAUCUGAUCACCAAGACCGCCUUGAAGGCCUUCGCAGCUUCUAUCGUUCUCUCCACGGGCUAUCAGUUCAGUGGAAUCUUCAGUUUCAUCAACUAUAUGUCCACCAUAUUCGAGGCAUCGGGCUCUAUUCUGGAUGUCAACAUCUGCACCAUUAUCAUUGGCGUCGUGCAAAUUGUUGGCGUCUACACCUCGACCAUCCUCGUGGACAUUAUUGGACGUCGCAUCCUGAUGCUGAUCUCGACGUUAGGCGUUGCUCUGGGUUGCAUCGUCUUCGGCUGCUUCACAUACUCUGCCCAGUUCUACGACUUGAGCUAUCUUAAUUGGGUGCCAUUAGUGCUGAUGAUAAUAAUAAUAUACUUGGGUAACAUUGGACUGAUUGGACUGUUCUUCGUGGUGCUUGUGGAACUCUUUCCAGCCAAGAUACGUUCUCUGGCCACUUCCAUGUCGGUGGUGUUUCUAAGUGUCUUGGUUUUUGGCACAUUGAAAUUAUUUCCGCUUCUACUCCAUUAUUUUGGCAUAUCGGUCACCAUGUGGUUCUCGGCUGCUUCCAGUCUGCUGACUUUUGUAUACUUCUUGUUAUUUCUGCCAGAGACUAAAGGCAAGUCCAUGAUUGAGGAUUGAGUCUUGCAUAUUUGUGCAGGGAAUAAUAAAUUCAUGUCAACACACA